UUCAUACAUGCGUACAUGAUAGCACAUCUCCACUUUAAUAUCCCACCUUCGACGCGGGUUUCUCCCAUCAUGACAGGAACCAUGAUAUCCCAAGAUAACCCAUGUCAUUUCGCCCAUCGAUACUCCGAAACAUUGUCGGUGGUCCGCCACCUGCCGAAUGACUCUAGUGUCUGUCUGAAUAUUUCAAUCAUGGGAAGACUGCGUAUAUCAUGCGUAUGUACAUUCGCUUUGACGUGGUAGCGGUGACUUAAACACACGUUGUUUGACCCAUCGGCGACCCCACGCAGAUCACACACAGGUAGCUGCGUCGUACCUUGGCAGAGUCGAAACCUACAUUUAGGAUAGUCUGAAUCCUUGCAGAUCAUCAGGCACCAUCACAGCCCGAUUUGAUACUUCGAGUUAGCAUGAUGCUUGGCUUGACGUCUGUCAAGAAUCUUUUCUCGUCCAUUGACGAUUUCAAACGAUUAGUGAGAACCAAAGAAGCUCCUGCUAAAGGAAAGGCAUACUUCAAUGAAGACCUACUUCCGACGCGAUUAGAGCACAGAAAAUGGAAUAUGGUACAUUUCUUCACGUACUACUUAACCCAGACAUUCUCACCAGGGUCAUACAACCUUGGAGCCACUUUGAUCGCCACGGGCUUGCAAUGGUGGCAUGGGAUCAUUGCAGCUGUCAUCGGCUCAGUAUUCCUUUCCAUCAUCGUGAUAUUAAACUCCCGUGGAGCUAGUAGAUAUCAUAUUGGCUUCCCUGUCUACGUCAGAGCAUCUAGUGGCCUUGGCGGCGCGAGGCUGUUCAUUGGAGUCCGUGCCAGCGUUGCUGUCAUCUACUUUGCGACGCAAAGUUUUUAUGGUGGCAUGUUAAUGUCUGUCUGCCUACGGGCAAUCUUUGGCCAUCACUGGACCGGAAUUCCGAACCACCUUCCGGUGUCUGCAGGAAUUACGUCUGGCAAUCUCUUAGCAUUCUUCAUCUUCUGGUUGAUUCAACUGCCCGUCAUGUUCUUGCAUCCCACGGUGCUUCGCCAUCUCUUCGUCGUCAAAGCCGUAUACACCACCACAGCCCUUCUCGGCAUGCUAGGCUGGGCAGUUUCCAAGAACGGGGGAACUAUCGGUGGCUUCGCGUUUACAGACCAAAAAGUUCUCACAGGAUCUGCACUGGUCUGGCCUAUGAUUCAAGCUAUCAACUCUGUAUGUGGAGCACUUUGUCCAAUCCUAGUUAACCAGCCCGAUGUAGCUAGGUACGCAGCCCGCCCAAGCCAAGCAACAUGGAGCCAGGCGUUCGGAAUUCUCAUCAGCAAAGUGCUCGUCAUGUUCAUUUCGUGUGCCACGACCUCUGCUACCACAGGGGUGCUUGGAAAGAGCUACUGGAACGUGUGGGAUGCGUAUGGCGCAAUCCUAGACCAAUACUGGAACUCCACAGCUCGUGCUGGCAUCUUCUUCGUAGCUUUAAGCAUGGUCCUCGCGAUACUAGCAACAAAUGCCGGAUCAAACUCACUCCCUGUUGGAGCAGACACCUCUGGCCUCUUUCCACGUUACGUCAACAUCGUCCGCGGUCAGGUCGUAUGUGCACUUCUUGCUCCAUUGUGUGUCCCCUGGAAAAUCAUUUCGAGUGCGUCCUCGUUCCUAGUCUUCCUUGGUUCGUAUACCGUCUUCCUGAUGCCUAUUGUGGGGAUUAUGAUCGUUGACUACUGGGUGCUUCGAAACGGCAAUUUCCACGUUCCAUCUCUAUACGAGAAGAAGUCGGGAACACCAUACGAAUAUACCCAUGGAUGGAACCUACGCGCAAUUGCCGCUUGGAUUGCCGGCGUCGCGUUCACUGUGCAUGGCAUUGCUGGGAGCCUUGAUCCAGACUCCGUGAACCAGUCGAGUAAAAAUAUGUAUAAACUGGGCUUCUUCCUUAGCUUUGCAAUGGGUGCAGUAAUAUUCUACUGCCUCUCGCUAAUCUGGCCUACGCCUGUGUACCCGGCAUCACAAGCUGGAAAUGCUGAGAAGACCUUCGAGUAUAUGGCAGCCACAGAGGGAUUCUUUAGUGGUGAGAGUGUCGACAGCAUCAAAAAUAGUAUGGGAGUAGUGGGUAUCGCUAGUACUACGGAUGACGAUACCAUGAGUGAGAUUGUGAGAGGAGAACAGAAGAAGGGUAUAGUUUGAGAUUUAAUAUCUGUAUCUAUAAGUACCGCUACCGAACGACUGAGUAAAUGAC